UCCGAAUUCAAACAAAACAUUGACGAAGAGAAUUUCGAUCGCCCAACUGACCCACCUCCAUACACGAAUCCACCGACCAUACCAGUGAUGAACCAACCGCAAAUGUACCAGUCCGGUGCUGGUAUGACAUCCGUUGGAUCCGUUGGAGUGGUCACUGGCCAACCCGGAGUUGUGACGUCUGUUGGAAUGGUAGGCCAAACAGGAGGUAUGGCAUCCGUUGGCAUGGUAGACCAUACAGGAGGUAUGGGACAAGUUGGCAUGGUAACAGGGCAACCGGGUACCAUGUCAGUGGUGGCCCCAGGGUUUGUGGUUCUCAAUCAAAUGGUGUACCAGCCAACACCGUACACAUGUAGAAGCUGUCAUCAGCAGAUCGUGACGAAAGUGAAGCGCAAGCCAACUUUCAAAACGCACUUCUUCGCAGCGGGAUUUUGUUUGGUGUGUUGGAUCCCCUGCGCCAUAAUUCCGUACUGCAUGGAUGGAUGUCGGCAAGCGGACCACUACUGUCCAAACUGCGACAGUUUCAUUGGAUCCUAUGUUCCAUAGGAAAGACAGUGUCAAUAUCAGA